UAUAUAUAAGUAUACUAACUAGCUUGUUACGUGCCACCACCAUGGCAGCAGCACUUGGUGCGCUAGUAAACCUGGCGCUAUGUCUCCUAUGCUCGUCCGCGGAGCUUGUGACCAUGCUGCUCCUCCGCGGCGUCGCCCUCCUUGCCGUCGCCGUCGUGCAGCUGCUCAGGCUUCCCGGCCAGGCGGGCAACGCGGUGCUGGAGGCGGCCAAGGGCGCGGUCGACGCGGCCGUGGAGCUCGUCCUCGGCGUGGCCUGGGACGUGGCCGUGGCCGUCGUCUCGGCGCUGCUGGACUUCCUGUGGAGCGUCGCCACGGGCGCCGUGGACGUCACGACCACCGCGGUGGCCGAGCUCGUAGAGGCGGCGCGGGACGGCGGCGAGGAGGCCGCCAAGACCCUCGCGGCGGCGCUGGAAGGCGCGGUCGACGCGGCGGUGGCCGUGGUCACCAAGCUUGUGGAGAGCUACGUGGAUGCGCUUGGGCGUGUCGUGGAGAACCUCAGCUGAUCUGAUCUGAGGCUCGUUUACGUGUAUGCAUGCAGCAUAUACCGAUAGAUGUCGGCCGGCAACUUAACGCAUGCAUGCUUCCAGCCAGCUGAGCGUCGCAGUUCGUCAGGGAAGGCUCAACUCGGAUCAGCAGCAUCAGCGUCAUCAGCUGGUGUUCAAAUCGCAUCAUCAGCAGAUCAUUGUGAUGGGAUGGAGGAAGAUUAUGAAUAUGAUCAUUGAUUGAUAUUUUGGAGCCCCCCCGGCCCCUGUACGGACCACCUUCUUCAUUGUAACCAAGUAUUGCGUUUUUUCCGUGUGUUUUCGGUAGGAUUUAUUUCAGAGUUGUUUGUCAUGUGUUGUCUCGACAGAUGGAUUGUGACGCAGGUG